AUACCAAAAAUGGCGUCGUGAUUUCCCAGUUGAUUUUCCCAGAAAAUGCAGCACAUUUUGAGCCCCAAAAACGCAGCGAGUGAAAUGUGGGAUUAAUUAGCGGAGAGCAACUAGCCCAAGGCAUGCAAAAGAAGCCCAUCCCAGCCAGGAAUCCACACCGUAGUUUUGGGAAGCGGUCAUGGCAGCGGCGGCGACGGCAGCACCUGCGACAUCCAGCGGGAAUGCUAGUGCACCUGCUCCACUGCCCGCAGCUGGCCCAGGCGGAGGAGGGGGCGUACCAGGUGCUGUUGGGGGAGGAGCAGGUGCCCAGUUCCGGGAAAUUCACAAGAACACAUGGCUCAAACGGCUGACAGCGGAUGGAAAACGUCUGACCGUGGGUCCCAAGAAAUCCGAGUGCUCCUGGGUGGUUUUCUGCGUUCAUGAUGACACGGAGGCUUUGCUUGAGGGCUAUGCGGAACCACGUCAGGCAGCUGGACAUCUGCCGGAGUGGGCCGUUUCAUUGAGGGAAACCCUCCACAUCUCCCAUGCCCUCAUCCCCAAUUCCCAUGAGUUCGAGUUUGUGGUCACGCUCAGCCACGAGGUGUUGCGCUUUCACGCCGUCUCUUGGGAGAUUAUGCAAGAGUGGGUGGAAACGCUGCGCUCCAAGCUGCGCGAAAUGAAGAUUCUGUCGCCGCGCGAAAACCUCUACACGAAGCUACCUGAAGUGCGCGCACCGUUGCUGCCCACGCGGGAUCCCACAUCGCCACUGCCACCACCUCCUCCUGUUCCGGCGGCUCUGGUUCCGGGCGUUGAGCGUGUGUUGGCACCCAGUCAUCAGGCUCAGCCAGCGCCACCUCCCGAGCCAUCCUCAAGUCCAGCGCCCACCACACCCGCUCCUCCUGCUCCUGCUCCGGCUGCCAUGUCGAACACUUUGACGCAGCACCUCCUCAACAUGCUCUCGGAUCCCAUAAGCACCUACAGCGAGCAGAUCAGUGAGUCGGUAGAGUCAACCCCUGGUCAGGAAGACAUCGCGGUAGCUGAGGGAGGCUCUGCGGAGCAACCGUCCACUAGUGAUGCCGAUUUGAAUCUCUCGGACGACGAAUACCUUUCGCCCCUGCUGCGCAAGGCAUGUGUGCUUACCGAGAAUGGAGUUCGCGUUGACGUCGUGGCGGCCACUGCACAGCGCGUUUCUGCCGAUCAAAUCCUGAACUUGGAGCACAUUCUGCAAUGCGAACGGCUGAUUCCCAGACCUCAAACAUCACGAUCCAUGUCCGCUGGAGCGGCUGACAAAUCAAAGCGACCGCCACGGAAGCCCCUCCAAUCCCAAUCUUCGAGCGCCGCUCCCGCGAACAGUGCGGACUCUCAGGACAACAUUACAAUUAUCCAAGUGUCGAACACCGGCAACAAUGGCCAGGAGCAGCCACCCGAACUGCCACCCAAGAACACUACCACCGCCGAGGUGUUUCGAUUCCCUGAGGUUAAGACCAAGCCCCAGACUAAUGCCAAGCAGCAGCCAUCCCAGACCCAUCACGAGUAUAAAAGCAACGUACAAAUAAUUCCGUCCAAUGCCAGUAGCAGUACCAGUACCAUUCAAGUCCUCGGCAAACAGUCCAGUAGCAGUAAUCCGUAUACAACGCCCGUCAAGCAAAGCUCCGCCAAUAGCUCCAGUCCACAGGUGUCGGGCACCACCAAAGUAAAGGUGCUGGGUGACGGUGAGGCCACCACGACGGUGGCUGUCUACGGCACCUGCUAUCCAGCGGCCGGAGGAAGUGCCAGCAGCUCUUCCGCAGCUUCUUCCUCUGUUAAUCCUGCCAAGCCGCAGACGCCGAGAUUAAGUAAAAAGAUAAUACUCAGUGCCAACGCGUCGGGCAUUACGAAUAUUAGCGUAAACACAGAACAGGGCAGUGACUCCAUAAUCAGUGGUAAUGUCCACUACGAGAAGGUCUUCCUAUCCUCCAGCAUUCCCAUCACCAGCAGAAGCAGUCCCACAAGAGUAGCAAGCACCACCCAGCCGACGACUAAUGGCAGUCCAGCCUUGCCUCGUCGACGGUUGGCUUCGCCGGCAACAGCGCAACCAGUGACCCCCAGUGCAGCCGGAAGGGCUGCGCCGCAGUUGACCCGAGGACUAACCGAACUGGUGAUAAGUUCGCGGCCCAGCAGAAGGGAUUUCCACUACUUAAAACUGUUGAACACGCCACUAAAAACUAAGGCAUCCCACAAAUCAACCAGCGCCGCGAAUAACAACAUCGAACAGUCAUCGCCUUCCAGCUCCAACAGUACCCAAGUUACGGCGUCGCAGAGGAAUAACACCUCGAUUGCAACCGGCGACAGCCAGGAGCAACGGCGGCGCAGCUCGUCCACAUCUGAUGCCCAGGCGCCACUUCAGCGGGUCCCUCAGCCUGGAACGCAGCGUAAUGCUAACAACAACGAGUUUACGCCAUCCCGAAACGGAGCCUUUCGAAUGCAGCCACCGCCACAGGGAACACCUCCGUCUAGCACCAAUCCCGCGCAGCAGUCGCCCAACAAACGAUUGACGUUGCGGGAACAACAAGUGAUGCAGCUGCGCCGGGAGAUUAUGCACCCAGGUGGAGUGCGACUGAAUCUGAGGCGCAAGGACUGUGUCGGUUCUAUAGCUUGGGUAGAAGCCUUCGGUGGCGUUUGGAUUGCCGGCUGGAAGCAGAAGGAACAUCCCGUGCUCUACAAUGCCCUACACAUCGGGGAUCAGCUACUGUCCAUAGCAGGCGUGAGCAUCAGCAGUGCAGCGGAGGCCAACAAGAUAAUAAGGAACACCAAUACGCUAUUUGUUGAAGUCUUGCUGCGACGAAUUCCAUUCGGUCGAGCCUAUGCCAUCCGACGGGACCGAGAGGGUCAGUGUCUGGGUCUGAUUCGCGAUGGAAACACUUCGACAAUCGUGGAUGUGGUGCCAAACAGUUUGGCCGCACGUCACGGUCUUCCACCGAAGACGCAAUCGUGCGACGGCAAUUCACUUACCUUUUGGAUGCUCACCGAGAUCAAUGGUCGUUCACUGAAUCUGUUCUUUAAGGAAUUCGAGAUACGCGACCGCCUGAACUCUGUGGGCCGGGAUAUAUCCAUUUUGGUGCAACCGUCAGAUUUGAUAACCAAGCUGAAAAAGCAGCUGAAGUCGCUGCGCGGCUACAAGGAUUACUUAGUGCAGUAGUCACUAGCAAUAACGAUUGAUUCCAUAUAACCACAAAUAACUCGUAACUGUAAUAAGCUGCUGUACGCGAAUCAAUUCCGAAUAGCUCUGGGCCAGUAAUCAUUCCAUUUACGCGAAAAGGUCAUUGAACGCAGCCACUAUAUAGUCAACUAGAACUGGUAGAAUCAUUUCGCUAUAUUACGUACUACCCACUACAUAUAUUAACUAUGAUCGAAACUACUUAAAGGACUUAGGUGUAGCGUUGAGGAACAUAUACAAAAACAACCUAUAUAUUUUUUGCAAAACUUUAUAUAAACUCAUACAUAUAUAUACAAAUUGAAUAGAUAUAUAUAUAUAGAUCUAUAUACACCAUAUGUAAAGCUGACACUUUGAAGGGCUACCAAAUUUACACCUCGAAUUUGUUUAGAUGCGGAAAAGUUAUGGGAAAUUUACAACAUAAAAUUCAAGUAUUUUAGGUUAACAUAUACACGCGUAUCACACACACCUGUGCAACUUAGUAUCCUUAUGCAAUAUUGGAGUGCCUCUGAUUUUGUUCAUUGAUGUUGUUUUCUUUCAUGUUUUCAUUUGUUUCGUGCGAAAAGACAUACGCAUCUGUCGUAACAUAUAAGAUGUGAUAAAAAUGAGUACUCAAAUUUAGGCAAUUUUAAACGGUAUAUUUGUAAAUGCUUUUUGAUUUUUUUAUUAAUAAGUUUCAGUGUGUUAUUUCGAUAAACAUAGUACUUAUGUAUGUAACGGCCUUGCGAAACAUUCAUUAAAGCAAUUCCACACAAAUCA